CCCACAAUAAAGGGCACGGAAAGCAGACACCCAGGGGAUUUCCUGCUCUGCUCUCUGCGUGGACGCUGGGUGCUGGCGCUGCUCCUGCUCUCAGGCUGUUUCUGCUGCUCCCUCGGCUGCAGCGAUGGCUGCCCAUGCUGCCUGCCUCUGUGUGAAGGUGCACUCUGAGGAGUGGGGCUCCAUGACCUUCGCUGCCAGCCUGGAGGACAGAGUGAAGAAGAUCGGCGAACACGUCCGAUCCAAGACCCACGUGCCCGUGCAGGACCAGGUCCUUCUGCUGGGCUCGAAGCCGCUGAAGCCGCACAGAACGCUGUCAUCUUAUGGCAUCGACCACGAGACGACCGUCCACCUCACCCUGCGGGUGGUGAAGCCCAGUGACGAGGAGCUGCCCUUAGUUCUGGUGGAGCCGGGUGACGAGGGGCAGAGGCACCUCCUCCAGGUGCGAAGGUCCAGCUCAGUGGCCCAGGUGAAAGAGAUGAUCGAGACCAAGACCGCGGUGCCCCCCGAGAAGCAGAUUGUGACUUGCAAUGGAAAGAGGCUGGAAGAUGGGAAGACCAUGGCACGUUAUGGCAUCAGGAAGGGCACCUCACUCUUCUUGACACCCCACUGCAUCGGGGGGUGACCAUCCUGGGGAGAGAUGAUAGUAGGAGCAAAAGAGAGCUUAUUUCCUCUUAGCUCUUACUCACCAACCACAUCCGCUGAUGACUUCUCCCAGUUAGUGAGAAACAGGUGAGGAGGAAGAGGAGAUUUGGAGUGGGGUGGUAGGCUGCAGAACACUUUUUAACUCUAUGACGCUUUGAUUCUCGCGUAGUUAAGUGGCAGGAUUGUGUGUAACUGAGAACAGAAGGUAACAUUGUGAAGGCUCAUGAGAGAGAGCAUUCAAAGCCAGCUUGAGUGUGAUCCUUUUUGGCUCCCCCUGAUUUAUAGACAACCCCCCAUUUCCUUUCCUAUCUAACAACAUAGUCAGUUCUAGGCUGGGAUCAAUGUUCUAAUUUCUGUGUUUUCAUCUAUGUGUAAGCCAGUGCGCUAUCUAUCAUAUCACUAGAUGACUGUUGAACCACAUUGAAUUUCUACUUGUAGGGAACAAUGAAAUGAUUUCUUAUGAAGUGAAUUAAUUGCUCUGACGUGAUCACAGUUUAAUUAAUAAAGAAUUUAGA